UAUGGCCGGCUUGUGCAGUUCAAUCUGGAUGAUGAUGAAACCUUGAGAUCCAUCAGAGGUCACUACGGCAGGUUCGAUGGCGUCUCCAUCCUGAGGUCGCUGACCUUCGUCAGCAACAAGCGCACGUACGGUCCGUUCGGCCGCGAAGAGGGAGUCGCGUUCACCUUGGAGGCACCUGGCAGUAGGAUCGUUGGCUUCACCGGUCGCUCGGGCUUAUACCUCGAUGCACUCGGCAUCUACGUGGCUUAG